AUGAUUGAGAAUCUCAGCCCUCUUCUGGAAAAUGCUUCUCAGCACACCCGGGUUGCUGUGGUCACCGUGUCUGUCUCACCUCACACUUCUCUGGUUGGAGGUCCUGUGAUUAUUAAUGCAAAUCCUGUGGUCCAUCCGUUCAUGCUGUCUCAGAGAUCCACACACCUGUGGGAUUUACUCACCACUGGAGUACCCAAGCUGGACUUUGAGAGUGUGAUGCUCUAUUCCCUGAUAAUCUAUGCCAAAGACAGCCAAGGGGCAACAGCAUCCCAGACCAUGUUAAUCCAGAUUGUAGAUGUGAAUGAGCCGCCCACCUUCACCGGAUCUCUUGCCCCUGGAAACCAAGUUACUGAGAUUUAUAUCCUAGAAGACACUGUCCCGGGCACCAUCAUUUAUCGAGCAACAGCCAAGGACCCAGAGGAUACUGCUUUGGAGUACUUCAUUUCCCCGGAGGGUUCUGGCUUCACAAUCGACAGCAUCGGGACCAUUUCUACAGCAUCGGGCUUUGACUUUGAGAGUGAAACCAGAAGUUUUUCACUUGUUAUUAAAGUGGUUGAUGCUGGAGGACUCUUUACCACUGGAAAUCUAAAGAUUUUCCUCAUCAAUGUCAACAAUAAGGACCCCAGUCUUACCUGCAGUUUAUUCAGUAUUGAAAACGCUGUCUUGAGGGUUACUUCUAUAAACUCAACUCAGCACAAUAAAGCCAACAUCACACUGGAUGAAGAAAUCCCAAUUGGGAAAACAAUUGGAGCAUGCCAGGCAACUGAUGAAGAUAACUUGGGAGAUUUAACCUUUGAACUAGAUCCACAGAAUGUUUACUUUGCAGUUGAUAAAGAACGUGGGACUGUGGUUACUGCCACCCGUCUGGAUGUGGAGACAGCUGGUUUUGCAAGAGUUCAGUCCUUCUCCAUUAAGGCUUGUGAUGGUGACCAGAGAUGUGCAGCAAUUCCAGUGACGACCUAUAUUCGUGGCAUUAAUGACAACGCACCUUUCUGUGAUCGAUAUCUGAUUAGGUACACAGGCCAGGAGGUGAUUGCGAAAGACACCGUGGUUGCAAAACUCUCGUGUCAUGACCUCGAUGAGCCUCCUAAUGCAAUCCAUUACGCUCCAAGUGCAGGCCCAGUCGGUUCUGGACAACUCUUUGAGCAAGUGCCAAAGGCUGAACAUUCCAUCCGGGUUGCCCAAGAUUUGGAUUAUGAGAACCCAGAGGUGGUUGCCGCAGGACAUAUCUAUGAGAUGAUGAUUUCAGUAUUUGAUGACCUGCGUCCGUCCCAUACAGUCACUGUAACAAUCAUCGUGGAGAUCACUCCUGCCAAUGACUUCAGCCCCGUGUUUGAAGCUGCACACUAUUCAUUCUCCGUUCUGGAAACAUCAGGAGCCUUCCACAAAGUUGGAAGAGUGACCGCCAUUGAUGAAGACUACCCACCCAACUGUCUGACCUACAAGAUAAUCAAGGGAGACAUCCAGGUGGUCCAGAGAUUUUGGAUUCACCCUCUCUCUGGAAUGAUCGAACUCACCACACAGCCGGACUAUGAGUCUGUGAAGCAAUACAACCUCACCGUGGAAGCCGUGGACUGCGACACAGCUCAUCCUCGCACAGGAGUGACCACAGUCACUGUUGACAUCGAAGAUGAGAAUGAUGAAGCACCUGUCUGCACACCCUAUCUCUCUAAGGCCGUCAUUUUUGACAACGUUGUUGCUGGGACAAACGUCAAUGGCUUCAAACUGAGCUGUCAUGACAGAGAUUCACAAGAUUUUGAAAUGCGCUUUGAGAUAGCUUCUGGAAAUGAGAACAAUCACUUUGGAUUUGAUCCAAUUCGAGGUUCAAAUACUCCAAAAUUGAUCGUGAAGAAUCCUUUUAAGUUUGAGUCUGGAGCUGAACCGCGGCGGCAGUACCAUCUUGUGGUGCACGUAAUUGAUGACAAUCUGAAAUACGGCAAAUCCAGGAAGCCCAGGACAGGCACUGCUAUUAUAGAUAUUUAUGUGACAAGAGCCAAUACGCCACCUCCCCCAACAAGUUCUGAACAAAGAAAAGGUCUGACCAUCGUGUACACAGCUAUCAACACAUACAAAUCCCGGGACUGGUACAUUCCUUUCAUCUUCACUCUGAUGGCUUUUUUCUUUGCUGGAUUGGUUUCCUGGGUGUGUUUUAUGCUUUGGAGAUAUGGAAACCUUAUGGAGUGCUGUCAUUUAAUGACCAAAGAAGUCUCCAAGUCCAGAUCCAAACGAAUGAAGUAUAUUGCAGGGGAUAAUAAUCAGAAAGAAAAGGUCUUUACAGGAAGCAGAAGUAAAAAAUUAGAAGUGUUAACAGAAACCAUUGUGUACGAGACCAUGUUUGAUGGAGAAGCCAUUGAUCCAGUGUCUGGGAAUGUGUACAAAUACAACAGCAGAACAGGUGCAAGAAAGUGGAAGAAGCCUCCCAGGCACCGGGAGGAGGAGGCCUUGACGGAUGUGUAUUCCCUCCCAGACGCCCACCCUUCUGAGCAAUCUACCUCCGCUCAAAUUCCUCUGCAAGGAUAG